GUUCGCUCGCAUGGGCCUCCCGCGUGGGCCCCUGGCAGCCGCGGCGGCGGCCGCGGUCCAUGGGCUGCUGGCGUUAGGGCUGUGGAGCUCGACGCCCGCGCCUGCUUGCCCGCAGCCGGUGUGCCCGGCGCCAUUCUGCCCGGCGCUGGUCUGCCCCGACUGUGUGUCGGUGGCCGGCGCGCCCGACCCGGGGCCGCCGGGUGGCCCUGCGGCUCUCGGCCUGGGCGAGGUGCCCGAGGAGCUGGCGGAGAUCCGCUCGGCGGCGCUUCGCCUGGAGGAGCAGCUCGCCUUGGUGCAGGCGGCGCUGGAGGCCGCUUGGAACGCCUGGAAGUACCAGCUGUUCUCCUCCAGCGGCCUCGUCGUGCCGGAGGAGGAGUUUAUGCGUGAGAUGAAGCCGGGCAAGCGGUUUGCCCUUUGGUAUGAGGACGACACUUACUGGCACGAGCGGGUCGCGCUGGCGGAGGUGCGGCCAGGGGUGUGGAUCAUCACCACUCCCGAUGGGCAUCGCUACUCUGAGAAUAUCAGGUGCCGCCGGGGUACUUCCGGCGCGGUGCAGGCGGUGCAUCUCGUCCCUGAUGCCGAGCUGCUGGAGCCGAUGAAGGGGCACUUCUACCGGUUUCGCACCGCGUUCGACGCCGCGGACCUGGAGCAGAUCAAGCUGGCCGAGGGCGAGUACUAUGGCAUCACUCGUCGUCGGCGGCCGUCGCCUGAGGCCAUUGCCCUGUGGGACGGGAGUGAGGUCGAGUAUCAGGCGCUGAUGGACUCGGACGGGGCGCAGCUGGUGCCCUUGGCUGGGGACGACGGUGAGGCGAGGCCUGCUGUCGCGCCGGGCGCCGCGGCUCUGCCGCUGGCCGCGCCCGCUGGCCCGCCGCCGGACGUCGCCUGGCUCAUCGUCGACCCGCUCCACCCUGAUUUCGGUCGGGAGCGCCAUCCUGCUCCAGACGCCGAGAUGGCAGGUGACUACGCCAUGGCGUUGGACGCGAGUCGGCGGCCGGUGCCAGUGAAACGGGUGCCGAUCGCCGACGUGGCCACCUUCUUGGACACGGUGCACAUGACGGUGCGCAAGAUCCUGGACGAGGAGGGCGCCGCCGUGAAGGCGGACAAGGGUCUGGAGGGCCGCCUGAGCGAGGCCCUGGACGGCGGCACCAAGACCCCUCCUGCGGGCGAGGACGCGAGGACCUUGUCGGUGAGCUACGACGAGCACGGGGAGCGGCACAAGGACUGGCGAUCGGUCUGCGCCGAGAUCUCGUUCAGCCACUUCAGCGACUGGGAGAAGCACCACGAGGGGCCGGAGCGCACGGGCAUCGAGAUGAAGCUCCUGCUGGACAUCCUGUACCUGAGCGGCUGCUACGACCAGGUCAACGGGCCAUCGUUGGCGAGCAUCGAGGCCGUGUCGAGGAGGGUGUGCCAGAUCAUCGAGGCGUACUCCACUGGCGCUCCUGGCCGCGCGAACUGGGAGGGCGUGAAGCACUUCAUGCCUCUGGCCAACUCGGCCUCGGUGGUGCCGCCGGAGCUGCGCUCGCAUGCCCACCGCCGCGCGAAGGAGGAGGUGGAGAUCGAGAACAUGCGCAUGAAGGCGCGCGGGCUGCAUCCGGGUGCCGGCGCUGAGGGCAGUCAACCUGUCCUUCCUGGCGCAGGGGUGAUGCUCGGGGCCGGCGCCGACCGUGGUCGAGUCGACGCUGGAGGCCCAGACUCGGUGGCAGGUGACAGCCGUGUGAGGCGCGUUGCCAUGCUGCCGCUCUUUCCAAUUCCCCUCUCCCCGGCACCUGCCGUGCCCAGCGGACGUGGCCGACAGGCUUCUGGCCUGCGAGGCCAUUUGCGGAGACUGAAUGCUGAUGUCAACGCAACUGUGAACGCUUUGAAUUGGAUGGCUGGGGACCGGCAUCGCCCCGAGUACGGGCCGCCGCGUACCUCAGAGCAGGCUAGUGUGCAUGCGCGCGUCAGAGACCGGAUCUCUUCCCUUUUGACCUCAGGCGUCGCGAUCCCUAGCCGGCGAGCGGCUUUUCUCGAGCUGCUGCGCGGCCGGGCUGUGUACGAUGCAGAGCCCGGUGGACACAACCUUGCCAGUUUCUCCAAUGUCUCCUCUGUGAGCCUGCCUGACAGCCUCGUCGGCGCCCCUUCGGUGCAGGAGGUUGUGGGCCCAGAGGCGAGCCAAUUCUUGGAGCAGAACUACGAGCGCAUGCUGCGCACCUCGACGGACUUUUUGGAGCGACAGGAGUCGCUGCCCUCUAUAACUCCCUAUUGGGACCCUGUGCUUUCUCGCAGCCGCCGCAAGUUUCUGCGGCUGAUGCGGGCGCUUCUGCGGAUUGGACUGGUCACGCUUUUGCCAGCUGGUUCGGCGCAGGAGCACGUCGGUAUGUUCUUUGUGAAGAAGGCCGGCGAGGGCGAGAAGGGGGGGCUCGUCUUGGAGGGCUCCGGGAUAUGUCACUACAUCUACGUUGACAAUCUGGGUGUUCUCUCUUGUGAUCCCUCUCAUACCUCGUCCAUCCUGUCCGACGCGGCGGCUCGUUUCGAGAGCGUUGGGCUCGUGACCCACGAGCACGAGGUGAGUGCCACUUCGUCGAAGGCCCUGGGGGCCCACAUAGACCUCGAGGGCCUUAGAGUUUCUCUUGCGCCCGCUCGACUGUGGAAGGUGCGCCAGGGUGUUCUGUAUGCCUUGUCGUGUCGGAAGCUGUCUGGACGUGUCUGGGAAGUGCUGCUGGGCCACCUCACCUUCUGCGCGCUGAUCAAUCGUAGCAUGAUGAGUGUCUUCAGGAGUAUCUAUGCCUUCAUAAAUAAGUACUACGCUACCCCUAUGCCGCUGUGGGACACCGCUAGGCAGGAGAUGCUGACCGCUGCCUCCCUCCUGUUCCUGAUGGAUGCCUCGUGGACGCUGCCCUGGUCCCCUGGUGUCGUGGCCACGGACGCUUCGGAGGAGGGGUUCGGGGCCACCGUCUCAGAGUGGGGCCCUCAGGACGUCUCGGAGGUGGGGGGGAUCCUGGAGAGGGGCCGCUUUCGGAAGCUUCCUGGAGUUUCUGCCCGGUCGAGGUUUUUCGGGAGUCUUGAGGAGCUUGGAUCUGAGGCGGACGAGGGGGAGUUCGACAGGCCGUAUGAGGUGGACUCUAGCUUCCCGGAGGUCCCCCACAAGCUGCUCACGCAAGCCCACUGGAGUACCCUUCUGGCGGGUCCCUGGAAGUACUUUGACGAGGGCCUUUUCACCUUGGAGGCUAGGGCCCUGGUCCUGGGAUUUCAGGCGCUGGUGAGCGAGUGCCAAGUCAGGAACCUGGUGACGUUCACGCCGGCGCCCGCGACUGGCAGGGCGACCCGGGCCCGCCGUCUGGCGUCCGGGGGCGCGCUGGUGGCGAAGCUGGAGCAGGCCCCGAAGGAGAAGGAGCAACGGACGCUCGACGAGUUGAGCGAUGGAGAGGUGACAGACAAGGACGACGAGAGCGACGCGACCUCCGACACCGUGAAGGUUCAAGUGCGGCCGGCUCGCCGAGUGCGAGUCUUGGCGGCCCCGCGGGUCGGGCGAGCGCGCCAGCCGGUGGAGGCGAAGCGGCUGCAGGGGCUGGGUCUUCUGCCGCUGGAGUCGAGCGCGGUUCAGUGGAAGACGGAGACCGACUACUACGACGCGGUGAACGCUUGGCGGGCUCGAGCCCGCGAGCUGGGCGAGCCUCUCGGCGUGGCUGCCGAGGUGGACGCGUCGGUGGUGCGGCAGCUGCAAGAGCUUUUCGACCAAGGCGAGAACCUCAGCAAGGGCGAGAAGCUCGUGGCCGGGCUGGAGCACUUCCUGCCCGAGUUCGGGCGGCAUGGAGGCCUUCAUCUUUCCCGGUGCUACCGGGCUCUGAAAGGCUGGAGACGCCGCUGCCCGCCACGAUCGCGCCGCCCCCUGGCCUUCAGCAUCUGGGCAGCCAUCAUCUGGGAGCUGUGCCGCGCGAACUUCUGGAACAUGGGGGUGUACACGCUGUUCAUGCUGGUGACCUACAUGCGGCCCUCGGAGCCCCUGAAGCUGCUGAAGGAGGACCUCCUCGCCCCGGCGCAUGGGCUCUCUGCCUCGUGGAUCUGCUUCGCCUUCCGGCAGGAGCGGGGAGCGGCGUCCAAGACGUACGCGACGGACGAGAGCAUCGACCUGAGCUGCAGGUGGGUGCCCUACCUGACGACGGUGGUUGCUGCGCUGCGAGCAGGCGACCCCAAGGCCAAGGUCUUCGACUUCAAGUACAGCAGCUACACGCGCCAGUUCAAGAUCGCCUGCAAGAAGCUGGGGCUGACGGCCGUGCCUUAUCAGGCGGACAAGUCGGUGCUGAGGUACGACAGCAAGGCCAAGAUUGUCGAGAGCGUCGACAAGCUGAGCGCCUCGUUGGCGUCUCACGUGCACAGGUGCGAGCUCCAGCUCGGGCCCCUUUUGUGCGGCCAGAUCGACCCCUCGGCCAUCGCACCGCCCGUCAUCCCGAGCUCG